AUGAAAUUUUUCGCCCAUGGUGUUGCCGCAGUUGCGGCCGUUAUGCUAUUCUUAUCAACAUCCAUGGCCCAGAGCGGGACUCCGGUGGCAUACACAGACCCGGAUACUGGCAUCACCUUUGAUACUUGGAGUGUUUCAGAGACCUUGAGUAAGGGAGGGUUCACUUUCGGCAUUGCUCUGCCGUCCGAUGCUCUUACUACAGACGCUACCGAAUUUAUCGGCUACUUGCUAUGUUCCUCGCAGAAUGCUACCUCCACCGGUUGGUGUGGUGUCUCGCUCGGGGGUACAAUGACUGAUUCCCUUCUCUUGCUGGCUUACCCCUAUGGUGAAAAGAUUCUUACUUCCUUCCGCUACACCACGGGCUACCAUAUGCCAGACGUUUACACUGGGAAUGCCGAGCUAACCCAGAUCUCGUCCAUCAUCAAUGCAACACACUACAGCUUGAUCUUCAGAUGCUCAAACUGUCUGCAGUGGACUCAGGGCAGCGCGAGUGGGAAAGCCCCCACGAGCGGGGGUCUGAUGGAUUUAGGAUGGGCUCAGGCCUUUCCGGCUCCGGGGAACCCCAGCUGUCCCUCUGAUAUCACCCUCAAUUAUCACGACAAUGGACACAACAUCUGGGCUGCUACGCUGAAAAACGCGCCUAACACGUCAUACACAGACUGGACCGCAAUAGCCAAAACGACAGUAACGGGAAGCUGUUCCAUAACAGCUGGGGCGACCACGACGACGACAAUCCCGGCUUCCUCGGGCUCACUCCUGACAGGAGCAACGGCCACUCCAAAAUAA